UUCCGACUCCCCAGUUUCCCCUCCAAACCCUCCACCGCUCUCGGCGCCGACUGCCGACUCCUCAGUUUCCCCUCCCCAAACCCUUCACCGCUGUCGUCUCCUCAGUUCCGCCGCCGCCAUGGCUUCGUCCCCCUGCGACAUCGCCCUCAAGGCAGCCCUCGGCGGCCAACUCCGCCUCCUCAAGAGAAUGGCCAAGAAGGUGGAUCUGCGGCGAGCCGAGGACGAUAAAGGGCAAACCGCACUUCAUUUCGCGGCGGCCAAGGGCUGCCUGGACAGCUGCCAGUUCCUGGUGGAGGAAUCGGAGCUUGAUGUCAAUUCCGCCACAAAAACAGGUGUGACACCGAUGUUCUACGCCGCAUUUGGGGGAAAUGUCGAGGUUAUGAGGUACCUUCUCGACCGCGGCGCCGACCCAUCCAUGGCCGAUGACAGGGGCUCCGUGUCACUGCACAAUGCGGCAGAGGAAGGACACUGCGAGGCUGUGAGGCUAUUGCUGUCCAAAGGGGUUCAUGUGGAUCCUAUGGAUCAUCGGGGCAUGCCAUUACACUUGGCGGUUGCAAAGGACCAUGUUGAGGUUGUGAAGGUUCUGCUGGAGCAUGGUGCCGAUCCCAACAGAGUGGCUAAUCACGUCUUUUCACCACUCAUGAUGGCCGUCUGUGGAAAGGCCUUGAAAUGCAUGAAGCUACUGAUUGAGGCUGGUGCUGAUGUGAAUGUUCAUGGUUACUCUGGACCAACUCCUUUAAUGGAGGCAGUUGAUGAUGGCUUAAUGGACUUUGUCAUGAUUUUACUAGAGGCUGGAGCCGACCCUAACAUCCCUAACCAGCAUGGUGCAGUUCCAAUUGAGUUAGCAGCAGCUCGUGGUCAAUGUGAGCUUGUUGAAAUUCUGUUUCCUAAGACAAAACCCAUUCCAUCUCAGCCAGUUUGGAGUGUUAAUGGGAUAAUGAAUACUGCAAGAUCUCCACGUAUCAAGCAUCAGGACGCAUCUUCUGUGGAACAACGGAUAGCUGAUUUGAAGUCACGAGGAAAGGAAGCAUUUGGAAAGGAAGACUACAUUACGGCGAUGUACUUCUAUGGCCUGGUAAUGGAUAUAGACCCACUUGAUUGCACCAUGUUUGCUAACCGGAGCCUCUGCUGGCUGCGGAUGCGAGAAGGGGACAGAGCUUUGGAAGAUGCACGGCAGUGCAUAAUGAUGCGGCCCCGUUGGUCCAAGGCGUGGUACCGUGAGGGCAAAGCUCUCAGUUUCAUGAAGGAUUACAAAGGAGCAUCCGCCGCGUUCCUGAAAGCACAGGAACUCGACCCUAACAGCGACGAGAUCACCAAAGCUCUGAGGGAGGCUGUUGAUGCCAUGGAGGAGCUGCGCGUGUAAUAUAAGCAGUUGGCGGUGCCGGGUCGCUCGGAGAGAAGGAAGAAGGGAAGAAGACGCGCUGGCUUUGAUCCUGCUGUACAUUCUCCCAUCUCUGUAUCGACCCUGCUGUACAUUCCUUGCACCAGAUGCUUACCCUACUAGUACUAUAUUAGCUAUGACUGCCGUAUGUCAGAAGGUGUUGCCGCUGGAGUUCUGAAGCUGUGCUGGAUCAGGGGUCUCGAUUUUGGUAGGCUACGGCGACGAGACCUUACGCUUUGUGACAGACAGCAUAUGCCAGAUGAUAAGAAGUUUAAAAAAUGUUCCUGUUA